GACCUGGCGCAUGGCGUUGGCAUUUAUCCACGAGGUGAAAUAUGAAAGUAGGAAGCGGUAUUUUUGUCUUUUGCCUGGUCUUUUCGUUCUUGUUGGCUGUUGCCUAUGGACGCUCUGGACCAUGUCUGCCCAAUCGUCAGCUGAGGACCGCCUGAAGAAGUCCAGCUCGUUAUGGGAAUCGACUUUGCGCAAGAAAAACUCUUCGUCAUGGAAAGUGGGGGAAAUGAGGCUGUACCUGCAGCUGAAAGGCGAAGACGACUCUGGAAAGAAAGCUGACCUGCAAAAGAGAGUGUCGGCACUGCUGCUGUCUGGGACUGUGACUGGGGAGCUUGAGGAUGACACCGCUGGAGCCUCGUCAUCUGAUGUCCGUUUUCCUGACAGAGGAUGGAAGAAGCUGGUGGAUGUGACGCAGGAGGAGCUGAAGAUGAAGUUCUCAAUCUUCUCCCUCAUGGACCACUUCAUGUGCAGGAAGUCGUCUGAUGGUCUGGAUGCUGACGACAUGAGAGCUGUGUCCUCCCAUAGCUUUGGACUCUACAGCAAGAAGUACUGCCGAGAUGGAGAGGUGUGCCUGGAGAAUGGGACGGUGUAUUUCCGUGGGUUUUGCAAGGCAGAGAUGAAGACGUCGAUGCGGUAUAAAAUAGCAAUGGCAAUGAAACGCGAGCCCUCUGUACGGAUCAUCUAUGCGUCUUGUGAGUGCCGAGCUGGCAUUGGCCCAUCAGCCAGCUGCAAGCACAUCGGGGCCAUGUGCUAUGGACUAGAGGAAUUCUGCCGACGAGGGAUAUUCACUGGGAUGACCUGCUCAACCAGUGACCUACAGGCUUGGAGCGCACCACCAGGCAAAAGGCGAGUUUCUGACAUGGAGUUCGCUAAGCCUGUGUUCAACCAUACCCCGAAGUCAACCUCCAGUCGUGCGUCCUUCGAUCCACGUGCUGCCACCGCUCCAAAAGACUCUGCACCAGAAGAGCGACAGAGACUCUUUGACUUGUUGAGCUCUUGCUCCCAACCAGCCAAUAUCCUGGACACUCUGCGGCCAUGCUCUACCUCUCCUGCUCAGACAACCACCUGCUCCACUGGAUCAACCGACUGCCGGUCAGUGCCGGAGCUAGUGCAGCUGAUGAAGGAGUCCAGGACGUACCGCAGCACAUUCCGACCUGAUGGCAGUGUUGUCGUGGCAUGGUGUGAUAUGUUCAUGCGUCAUAUGCAAGUGUCCAGGCAGCAACGCCAUGCACUGGAGUAUCGAACUCGUGGGCAGGCUGGUAACCGGCAGUGGAAAAUGCAAAGGUACGGGCGACUCACAGCAUCCAACUUCGGCGUGAUUGUGAAGUGCAAAUCAGCACAUCCAUCGUUGGUGAAACGCCUUCUAUCCCAGUCAGUUAUCAACAGUCCGGCCUUGUCGUGGGGCAGAGAGCAUGAAGAUGAAGCCGUCCGCAUCUACUCGGAGAAGCAGCACAUGUCUGGCAUGAAUGGCCUGUGUGUCUCACGGCGUGGUCUUGUUGUAAUGCAGUGUGGGUACGUUGCUGCCAGCCCAGAUGGAAUCGUAUUCGUCCCGACCCAGCCGCUGACAUCGCAAAUGGGUUUACUUGAGGUCAAAUGCCCAUAUUCCCAUCGUCACCACUCUCCCCAAGAUGCAUGCAUGGAGUCUGGCUCCAACCCAUUCUACUGCACAUGGUCAGAUGGAGGUUUAUGCCUACGGCGACAACAUGACUAUUUCUAUCAAGUGCAAGGUGGCAUGGCAGUUGCUGAAGUGCAGUGGUGCGACUUUGUCGUGUGGACGCCAAUGGGCAUCGCUAUACAGCGAAUCCCAUUCGACGCGGCGUUCUGGAAGGAGCAGAUGGAGCCGAAAUUGACCGGCUUCUACCGUGGUUGGCUGCUUCCGCAACUUCUUCACCCACAAGAAGAGCCCGUCUGCUACACGGAUGUUGCCCCUGCCGACCUCACCCAGCGCAAUGUGCCGCCGCCAGUGUCGUGUGCUCUACAAGAUGCCGCCAUCUCUCCAACGCAAGAGAAGGAUAACCCGCCACGACAGGUGUGCGCUGCAGAAGAUGCUGCCAAGUCUCCAACGCAAGGAAAUGUGGACCGGCAGCAACGUAUGUCAACCGCCACAGGAGUCUCAUCCUGCUGCCAAGGUUGUUCAUUUGAUCGAGCAUUGGCAUUGCAUCCGUGCAAAGUCUGUGCCCAUCAGUUCCAUCAUAUGUGCACGAAUGAUGACAUGGGCAAAGUUUGCAGUUGCUGCUUGAGAGCUCAUGGUGACGUCAGUCUUUGACGUGUUCAUUGGCUGCCACCAUUGCUACAUGUAUUUCCCCACCCUAUGGACGGUGGAGCUGUGGCAAUGCAUCCACAUGAACGGCUACGCAUGCAUACGGUGUACAUACUUAUAUUGUCAGUGUACAUAAUGUCUAGUGUUUUAUUGCCAGUGUACAGAACAUGAAAGUGGAUACAGCCCCACGUCACACCAUUUUUUUUACAACCAUACGUGAACAUAGCCCACUUUAUUGCCGUACAUGACAGCCACACACAUGCUUGUGAUUUGUAUGGUUG